AAUUAUAUUUACAAAUUAAAAAAAAUCACUUUGUUCUGCCAGUACGACAAACAGCAACUAAAAUAUUUUUUCUCCUAUGUCUUCCAAAAUCCUACGAGAUUUAAUUCAAAGGUUUAAAAAAAAUCUCCCACUUGAUCAUAUUAGGAUGAAACACUUCGGAAUCGAUUGAAAAUAGUUUGAACCUCAUGAAACUACAGUUUCGAAGCCAAAUGUAAUAAAACAACAAAUACGUGAAUCUUUACGAUCCCCUUCUUAUUUAUGACCCUCUGUACGAGCUUUGAUGUUUGUCUUGGGAUCGUAACCACAACUUCAUUAUUGUUUAAGCAUAACAGUACACGCGGCCCUCUAGUUUAACUUUUCAAUUAUGGUUUCCUGAUCAAUAAAAUUUAUUUGUUUUAUACUCUUUUGAUCGUGUAAAAUAUAUUGUGCAUCUGUUUAAAGCUAGGAUUUAGACAUUUAUAGGGAUUUUAGCUCUAGUUGAAGCAGCUAUAGUUGUUUUAGUAAGUAGCAAAGUUAUGCCAUCAUAAAAGUAUAAAACACAUAAUUUAGUUCGCUACUAGCAGGUACUUAAGCGUAGUCAAGACACGAGUCCUCGCGGAGUAUUUAAGUGUCGUAAAGCAUUUUCAAAUAAUAUAUAUCGCACACAAUGUUAUAACCGAACACGACAAACUUUAUAGCUACGUAUAAAAUGUUUCGUGCACGACGUGGGCUGGAUGCAAUGUCUACAUGCAGCAGUCGCUUGUAUUCACUAUUAGACGUUAAGCUAACAAAGGUGAACCGUAAUACUCCAAAUAAAACGGAAACUUUAGACGUUUCAGGUACAUUCAUGAGCCAUCGAGUACUCUAAACUUUAUAUGUGAAGAUUCAGAUCGUAAUGGAUAAUUUAAUAGUAGGUCCUAUGUAAAUGUCGGACCACUAGCGACGUGCACCCAGCAUAAUGAUCGGGCAAUAUUCCGAAUGUUAUUCAGGGACGUCAGGCUAAGGGGGCAAUCCACGUAAUACUUUAUUUUUAGUGUUCAUUGCUAUUGCGGUUGCCUAUUACGUAGUUAUUUUUAAAACGGCAUUUAAACGAUAGCAGGCUGCAUUUUUAUCGUAAUCGCGGGAAUCAGAGUAGACCGCCGACCACCUCAGGCGCAAGCAUCGCACGCAACUCGAAAACAUUAGAAUAAUCACAGCGUUGACGCACGCCAUGAUUGACAACCGGCGACACAUCUGAGGGUAACCGAAAACUGGAACUUAAGUUUCAUCGGAAAUUAAGACUUUGGACAAUAAUCGUUGUGAAUAGAAGAGAUUCUGCAAAUAAAUCUAGAAUUCUUUUCUUUGUUAACAUUUUGUCAACUAUUUUUCUUGGCAUCCAAUGUUUUAUUCCAAAAAUGAAUACGUAAGCUACAAAAAUUUCGAGCGCAAUUGAUGGUAAUUAUAUCAAUUAUGUCGUGUCGUUGGCUUGCGCACAGCGAUCGCGCAUUGUGAAUGGUGCAUAAAUAGUUUUGUUUGAGCGGCAUGUGCGGUCUAUUACGACUAUUAUUCAAAACAUCGGAGUCAUGCUCCCGUUCAAUUAAAUACUCCCCGAAGCGGAGUAACAUCUUCGGAUCAAAAAAACAUUGUAUCGCUCGAAUCUUCAACCUUUUUUCAUUUUGCAGCUAUUAAAGUAAUACCUUCAUAUUUUUUUAUGAAAAUAAACGGUGAAUUUUAUUUUAUCGACUGGUAUCGCCCUCGAAUGUAAUUCAUCGAAUGUAAAACAAUACUGAUAGGCAUCGCUUAAAUACGAUAAAAAAUAAAUUUCAAAAGUGUUUCUGCGGGCUCUAGACCAAUUCAACUUUUGCGGGAUCAUUUAAGUGCAGUGUCUUGUAUUGAGAUGCACAUUUAAAUAUCGUCGUAUAUUUUUUGGCCUAGAUUUUUAUUAUACAUUUAAAUGGCGAGAAUGUCUUAGAUGUGUUAUAUGUAUUAUGCAUAUGUAGGAAUAGUAUGUGUAGGUAUGGCAAUGUCAAAGUCGGGAUGGUCGGAUGGCUUGCAAAGCAAAUACCGCUCCACCAAUUAACGUGGCUUUCAAAGCAACAUGUUUAAAGUGGUAAAGCAGCGGCGGCGGCUUUCAAGUGCUCUGUGUCAGCCCCAUUUGCUUUUAUUUCAGCAAAGAUCUAAUAUUGAACUCGCCGCCAGUUUGUUUAUUUCCACCGCAAGGUCAUAGGAUGUCAACGUUUAUCGGAAUACCUCUUAAUGAAAGCCGAUGUAAUCAGUUGUAAUAAUAGUCAAUAUAUAUAAUAAAAUAGGGCGAAUUGUUAUGCUCUGGUUUCCUCAUGUUAUGAUGAAAGGAAAACAAAUGCGGUGUAUGUGCUAUUUGUGGGAAUAAGUCAGUAUGCUUACUAUAAUUGCAGUCGGGUUGUGUGGCAGAUCCUCAACAGAAGAUACAACAAAGGCACACCCUUGAAGCCCGCCGCAUCGUUUCGUGAGCGGAGAAAAAACUACGACAACGUCGACAACCCUUUGGACAAGCGAAGAAUUCGCGUCGACCGCAACAAGAACAAAUUGAGCGCGAACUAUUGUGCGGUACGAUUUGCCGAGAUAACUCCCGUGUCGAGGCGCGCGGGCGCCGCCGAGCCGAGCGUCCGCCCGCCGCCGGACGUCCGCGGCUGACGACACUGCACCACCGCCCGUGAGGAUCUCAUCCAUGGGGCAGGUACAUUGCUGGCUCGUCGCGCGCCUGUCCAACUGCUUCGCAAAGAGCAAGGUAUUGUACGCGAAGCUAGAGGCGGGCGUCGUUAUAGCGGUCCCAUGCGGUGGUGCGCGCGGGACGCGUCUGUGUUAUAAGGGGGGGUCCCGGCUAACGCGCGUCAGUGUGCCCGAGUGUCCCGUGUUGCGCGUGCGCACUCCUGUGUGUGCUUAGAUUUGCCUUUUCGUAGACAUCGCCCGACUCUGUCAACAUGCAGCUCGUUUUGGCCACCUGCUUUUUGCUGUUCGCAGCCACCCUCGGUCCCGCAGCAGCUCAAAGGAUAACGACCAUACAGCUAGAUGGAGUGCAGUACUUCAUCUCGAGGAUGAACCCGUACAGUCCGGAGCUGAACUAUUUCCUUGCUUAUCAGUACUGCAGGUCAUUAGGCUUGCAGCUAGCGUCAUUCGAAACGAAGGAAAAAGCUGAUUCUAUUACUACCUACCUUACUAAUGCUGGUUACAAUAAGUAUGACUUCUGGACAUCAGGCAACAACCUUGGUACGGACAUGUACUUGUGGAUGAGCACAGGUUUACCGUUCAAUGCUACGUUCAAUUACAUGCGAAGGCUGCAGGUUGACGCGCCCAGCCAGCAGCCUGACGAUAGCAUCGACCCCCUCGACGUGCCGCAAGGUAGCACCGCGCCUCAGCGCACCGCUAGACACGGUCGGUAUUCCAGAACGGAGCACGUGAUGACGAACGGCUGCGUGUCCUUGAAGGCGCCGACCUUCCACUGGGAGCCUCAGCACUGCGGCGAGAUCAAGGACUUUAUCUGCGAGCAGACGCGCUGCUACUACUACAACUACGGCUCCAUCCCCGUGUCCUCCGCGCAGGGGAAGCCGCUCUCGAUGACGACGACGACGACCGCCCACCCUCUGACGUCGUCGUCGCCGCCGCCACCUCGCUCCGAACACCUGCCGACUCAUUUCACCCUCAACGACCUGAUCGGAAAACUGCGCCCCACCUCGUUGGACGGUCUGCAGUCGCCGCACAUUAAGAAGCUCGGCAUCCUGCCGUCGUCGCCGCAGAUCGACUCGCACUACUCGCGCGCGUCCGACGCUCACGCGCACGACCACGAGCAGGAGCAGAAGGAGGAGGCGACGCAGGGCCCGUACGAGGACGACGAGGGCAUGGCGGGGGACGACCCGGCCGCGUACCUGAGCCACGAGGCGCGCGCAGGCGACGAGCGUGACGCGCCCUCCACCGCCGAGCCGGACGCCACCGAGCACUCCGUCCACGCCAGCGGCAUGCUGGCCCCUCCCGCCUACUAGGCUCCGGUGAAGCGGUCACACACUACUUUUCGUGACAAUUAGGUAUUCAGUCUACCAAAAGUAUUAUUUCAAUAAUUUGAGGCAUUUAUACGUAUAUUUAAGGUUGUUUUUACUUCUGAAGCUUGCGUGUUGAGGGUGCACUGUACGCCUUGUUAUAUCAAUAUGACGUAAUGUAAAUGAGAUUUCUAGUAUCGUAAUAAUUUCCAGCUUACACGAGUGAUUAAGGGGAUUUCGAAGGUAUAUUAUGGGGCAAUAUGAUUAUUAAACUAGGUUGAAGGUGCUGGCGACUCGCCUGCGUGCGACUUGCCUCCGUCUUCGUUAUGUCGAGUAUCACAAAUGAGUAUUCCACGUAAAUGUACCUACCUAUACUUCGCUAAGGUAAAUAACGUAGACGCGUCAGAUCUCCGGUAUUUUUGAGGAACCGUAAAAUGUAUUAAUUUAAUGUAAGAAAAUUGAGUGAAUAUUGAUUGUCUGGACAUAUAAUUCGAAAAGCAUAGUAUAAGAUAGUGUUUAUAUACGUGACGUACCUAGUUAAGUAUAUUAAGUUGAAACUCAAGAAUUUAAAGAAUAGUGAUGUAGCGAAGUUAAUAAAGUUUAUACUUAAUAAGA